AAAGAAUGGCAAGAAAAGGUUUUUGUUGGUGUUUUAAAGGCAGUAGAAAUCAUGGGCUGGAAAGCUUUUACUGCCAAAGAUAUCAGCUGCAGGAAAAGAGUAAAGCUUACAAAUCUUGAUGUUAAUAUUCCCUUAAGUUGCAGAAGAAAUGCCUCUUCCACAGCUUUAGAAGGAAGACAGAGUCCGAGAUCUGAUGAUCCCAAAACUUCCGAAUUUGCAUUUUUUAAGAAAUUGAAGGAAAAUGCAGGCCACAAAUACCAAUCCCAUACAUUGCAUAAAGAAGAAAACCAGUCAAAGAAGUUCAAAAUUAGUGACUGUUCUGGAGGAAACCCAAACAGUGUCAAAUUUAGCUGUAAGGACUUCAGUUCCUCAUUUCUUGCUGAAAACGUCACACCUAGUAACUUUAGCUCACACCUGUCACCUCUUGGUGGGGCAUCAAAGAAAUCAGAGGGAAAUUCACCAGAAGCUUCUUCAACCUCAGCAGCUAGAGAUGCUGGUGGAAUGCUUUGCUGAAAAGUCUUAAAUGCUUGCAAGUCUUUAUUUGUAUGGAGGCCAGCACGGGCAUGGAGAAAUCUUUUCUAAAAAGAGACGUAAAUUACGCAAAUGGGUUGUGGAGACAUCAUAUCCUCAUAUUGAAGAACUCUGUUCAAAGGGGUUAGACACAUGACCAUUUAAUAAGUUUUCUCAUUUUAUUUUUAGCCUCAUUUCAUGGACUUGUAGAAAUUUUCUCAGGUAUGAUUUUGUUUCUUUGCUUCUCAGUCGCCUGUUCCCUGAGAGCAACAAAAACAGCGUAUGUUCCUUUUGCUUUCCAUAUGGAUGUCACUUAUUCUGUUGGUGAUUCAGCUAAAUAAUUAUUUCUCUGGCAGGGUUUUAAAAAAUCAAAAUCAAGGGAAGUUGAUAUUGAUACCAAAUCUCAAUUUCUCACUUCUUUGGAAUUGCAAAAAAUUAAGUCAUAUGCCUGCAAGGAACUAUGUGGAACUUGACCAUGUUUCACACUUGGAUGAUGGUCCUUCAUCUUGUUGGUUGAAUAGAUCACCAGAGGGGGUUCUCUCAAAUUUUUACACUCCCCCAAUCGAUGCCAGUAUAGCAUGUCUCGAGUAUGAAAUGAGAGAAACCGAUUAUGAAGUAGGAGGAAGAAGUCCAGUUCUAUGCAUUCAGUGUGAUUCCACUUAUGGCUUUCAAUCUAAAAGAUAUGGAUCUCUUGCAUAUAAUCAUCUCAAAGAACUGGAUGACUUGCAUUAUCCAAAAAAAUGUUUGAUUAAAAGUGGGUCAAAUCCUCUUCUUCUGGGUUGGGACUUUGGCAGGAAUACAGGGGAAAGAAACUCGUCUAAUACUUGUCAAAAUACAGAGCUGAAUCUGUAUUCACCUUCAUCAAGUUCCUUGGGUGAUUAUCAUCAGCACAUUCUGGAUGAAAGGAUAGGUGCAAUAGAGUUAAGUGAAUCAUCCUUCCUGUCAACAAAUUCUCCAAAUGUUAUUUCAUUCCCAUGGUCCUAUUCAGCCAACUAUAAUGAACUUGAUUUUGGAAAACAAGUUGAAGACAAGGAAGAUAUAAAUGCUGACUUUAACCAUUUUCCUCUAGCUCUAACACUUGCACCAGACUAUCUUACUCUGGCUGAAGAUCACAAGAAUGACACUAAAUGCAAAGAUAGCAGCAUCUUCUAUUCUCCUCAUAAUCUUGAUAUAAUGAGCAAGGUUUUUGGUGAGAGAUAUCAUCAUCCUGGUUUUGAAGGUGUCCUCCUCUCCUCUGGACUUGAUUUUGAUUUAGAAUGGGAUUGCCCAUCUUUAAGUGGUUCCUCAAGGAAGCAUCAUCCACCUGUCAAUUGUGCUUUUCAGUCUCCCAGAAAUGAAGGAACAUAUUCAUGCUUUUUACUCAAAGACAAGAGUGAAAGUUUCCUAGAUGGUUCAAGUCAUAGAGGAACCCUGAGUCAUGUCAGUGAUAUUGUUAACAUCCAAGACUUGUCAUCAUUUUUUUCCAAAUGCCGCUAGAAAAAGACAGGCCAUGCCCUUUGCUGCUCGAUAAAUCAAGCUGGGAUGGAACUUGAGGACAAAUUUAUUAUGAUGAUAGUAAAGAUGCUUCCAAGCAUUUUGGACAUGCUCUUCAUGCUUUCAUUAUGCUUAGUUGUAGCUGCACAUUAUUGUUAAUGUAGCUACUUUGUUUACUGGAA